AUGCGGGUAUUUUGUGUUCUUGUUUUCUUCUCUUCCCUCUCCCCUCCCUGGUGGGCUGUAUGUGGGGCUGUCAGCCUGGUGGUGCCGCAGUCCAACACCAGAGCCCCAGGACUCUCCAGCAAGGGGUCGAGCAGCAGCAGCUCCAGUGAAUCGGAGACCAGCUCAGAGUCUGACUCGGAGAGUGAAAGCAGCUCCAGUGAAAGUGACGGCAGCAAGCCCUCGCAUUAUUCCAGCCCAGAGCCUGAGCCACCCUCAUCCAACAAGUGGCAGCUGGACAAGUGGUUGAAUAAAGUCACCCCGCACAAAGCACCCAUCCUGACCCACCAUGAUGGCCCGGCGCUGGAGGCUCAUCCCUACUAUGGCCGUGUGAAGGCAGAGCGGCAGGAAAGCGAGAAGACCCUGGCCACCGGCCCAGCCGAGCACCGCAGUGGGGAGAGCCGCGUUGCCACUGCCGCCACCACCGUCGGGGACGGACCACGGCCCAGGACCGCCAACAAAGCACCAGGCAGCAAGGGCAGCCGGCAAAAGUCACCCCCCGCCGCCGACGGCGGGCCUCCAAGGCGGGCAGCAGGGAAGAAAGUGCCGCGGCGGGCCGAGAGGGCCUCUGCCGGGGACAGCGCCCACUGCCCCAGCACAGAGGAGCCCCCUGGGAGCCACAGCUUUCCAGAAGGCACUGCUGGCGAGGCACCAAGGGCCCGGCCCGGCGGCAGCAGCAGUGGCAGCGGUGGCUGCAGAGCAGGACAUCGCCGGGAGCCCCGCUCAGCCACAGCCGGCGAGAAGCGUCGGGCCCGGGGGCCGAGCAAAACGGCACCCAAAUCAAAAGAGUUCAUCGAGACUGAGUCUUCGUCCUCAUCAUCCUCCUCCGACUCGGGCUCUGAGUCCGAGCGGGAGGAGCGCCCGCUGCCAAAGGUGCCGGCGGUGGCCGGGUCCGAGCCGCGUGCCAAGGAUGCGGGGACUGGCACCGCCAACAAACCCCACGGCGGCUGCAGUGCCUUUGGCUCCAUUAAUGCCAGGACUAGUAGUGAAAUAGCAAAGGAGCUGGAGGAACAGUUUUACACCCUAGUUCCUUUCGGUAGGAAUGAGCUCCUGUCUCCUCUGAAAGACAGUGAUGAGGUAAAAUCGCUGUGGGUCAACAUUGACUUGGCUCUUUUGUCCAGGAUUCCAGAGCGUUUGCCCGAAGAGCCGCUGGCCAUGAGCGCCGGAGCAAACCAAGCGGCCAGCCUCCCGCAGGGUAGUAGUGCUGACCCCCCAGCAGAGAAGGGUUUACCGAAAUCUAGAAGGAAACGCAAGUGUGAGAAUGAGGAAGAGUGCAGAGACAUCAAGAAGACUCACUUAGAGCGAGAGAGUUCUUCACGAUUAGCUGCCUCUGCUCAAAGCAUCACAGCAGCAAAUCACUGCAAUAUGAACGAAAAUAGCUUGGCAAUACCAAUAAAUAAAAAUGAGAAAAUGCUUCGGUCACCCAUCUCUCCUCUCUCUGAUGCAUCAAAACACAAAUACUCCAACGAUGAUUUAACUUCCUCUAGCAGACCUAACGGCAGCAGUCUAUUACCUUCCAUCUCCUCCACCAAAAAACAUAAGGGUGAAAUCCAGUCGCAGCCACAUUCCGGAGACUUCAAUAAAGCAAUUCACGUCAAUUCAGAAAAUGUUCUUCUCUGCAAUAAGCCACAGUCCCAAACAGAGCCUUGGUCACCUCUGUCCAGCACGCCCAGGGACUGCAGAAGGACAAAGCUUAUCUUUGAUGAUAUGCCACGCAAUGCAGAUUACUUUAUGCAGGAAGCUAAACGGAAGAAGCAUAAAGCAGAUGCAAUGGUGGAAAAGUUUGGAAAGGCACUGAAUUAUGCAGAAGCAGCACUAUCAUUUAUUGAGUGUGGAAAUGCAAUGGAACAAGGCCCAAUGGAAUCUAAAUCCCCUUACACAAUGUAUUCAGAAACAGUUGAACUCAUCAGGUAUGCAGUGAGACUAAAAACCCACUCAGGCCCCAGCGCCACACCAGAAGACAAACAGCUGGCAGCAUUAUGUUACCGCUGCCUGGCCCUUCUGUACUGGAGGAUGUUCCGACUCAAGAGAGACCAUGCAGUCAAGUAUUCAAAAGCUCUUAUUGAGUAUUUCAAGAAUUCAUCAAAAGCUGCCCAGAAUCCGUCUCCUUGGGGUGCCAGUGGAAAGAGCACAGGAACUCCAUCACCCAUGUCCCCUAGCCCUUCUCCAGUCAGCUCUGUGGGUUCCCAGGGGAGCACAGGGGCCCCUUCUCCAUCUCCUAUCAUCAGCAUCCCGCAGCGCAUUCAUCAGAUGGCUGCCAACCACGUCAGUAUCACCAACAGCAUCCUGCACAGCUAUGACUACUGGGAGAUGGCUGAUAACCUGGCCAAGGAAAACAGAGAUUUUUUUAAUGACCUGGAUGCAUUGAUGGGACCUAUCACUUUGCACAGCAGUAUGGAGCAUUUAGUUCAGUAUACUCAACAAGGACUUCACUGGGUGCGGAAUAGCGCUCACUUGUCAUAA